AUGGUAGUAUCACCUCUCCUAACAGUCAUACUCUGUGCUGUGUUGCCAUCUCCCACACUUUGUCUCGACUGGAAAUGUUUGGAUGGUUACCGUCUAGCUGAUGAUAACUUCACAUGUGUUGCUCCUCCACCUUACCUGAUCUUCAGCCACGGUAAUGCAAUAUACAGGAUUGACAGAGAGGGAACGAACCACCAGAGGAUUGUGACAAAUUCUGGGCUAUCAGUUCUCCUGGAUUUUCACUACAGGAAUGAAAAGAUCUACUGGGCAGAUAGAGAGAGUGGACUUCUACAACAGGCCUUUAUAAAUGGCACAAACAGAAAGACUGUGCGGACUGUGGGAAAAGGUCUUUUUGGCUUUGCUGUUGAUUGGUUACACAACACCAUCAUUUGGACCAAUCGAGAGAAAGGGACCAUUGAAAUGUCAAACGUGCAUGGAGAAAAUUCCAAGAUCCUGCUAAGAGAUCUGACUUUUCCCACGGUCAUGGCAGUGGAUCCGGAGAAAGGGUAUAUGUUUUGGGCGUCAGAAGAUUCUGUUCCGUGUAUUCAUCGCGCCUGUCUAAAUGGCUCCAGACCCAUCUCCAUUGUCAAGCCAAUAACGAAAGUGAAGAUUUUAACACUGGAUCUUAUUGACAAGCGGCUCUUCUGGUUUCAAAGUGAGGCUGGGGCCAUGUCAAGCAGCAUUAGGUCAUGUGACUACGCUGGAGGCUCAGUUCAGGUCAUCAAACAAGCAGUAGACCACUGGCCAUUUGGACUGUCUCUGUUUGCUGAACAUAUUUACUACUCUGACUGGAAGACCGGCACUAUCCGGCGAAUGAACAAGUAUACCGGGAAGGACGUGGUUGUCAUCAGCCCUAGGCGGUCUUUUCUGCCUCCAGCCGAUCUCAAAGUAGUGCAUCCGUUUUGUCAGCCGGCAACUGAAUCGGCCUCACAGUUAUCAGAAAAUGAUGCUGGAAAUACUUGCAAGAAAAGCCUCAAUGGAAAUUGCUACAAGUGUAAAGCUGGCUACGUUCUCAGUGUUGAUGGGAAAUCGUGCAAAGAUGUCAAUGAAUGUGCUUAUUGGAACCAUGGCUGCACAUUGGGCUGUGAAAAUGUCCCAGGCUCUUAUGUUUGCUUCUGUCCAAAAGGGUUCGUGUUGCAGCCCGAUAUGAAAACAUGCCAGGAUAUUACUCCAUGUUUGGAAAAUUACACUGAAUGCAGCCACGACUGCAUUCAGACAUCUAAGGGACCAGUCUGCAUCUGUCCACCAGGAUCUGUUUUACGAUCGGAUGGCAAAACAUGUUCAGGUUGCAGGGCACCAGAUAAUGGUGGUUGUAGCCAGAUCUGUGUACCGCAAGGUCUGGUGUCUUGGAAAUGUGAAUGUCUGCCUGGUUACAGUCUGCAGCUUGAUGGACAGCACUGCCGAGCUUCAGGUCCCAGACCAUUCCUGUUAUUUGCAAACAGUCACGAUAUACGGCGCAUAAACUUUGAUGGAACAGAUUAUCAUAUUGUUCUGGAAGGACAGAUGGGAAGAGUCUUAUCAUUUGAUUAUGAUCCAGUUCAAAGUAAGAUUUAUUUCACUCACAUGGGUUUCAAACAGAUCGAAAUAGCUAAUCUGGAUGGGUCUGAACGUGAGAAACUCAUUAGCAAAGAUGUGGAUUCACCUGAAGGACUAGCUGUGGACUGGAUUAACCGCAAAUUAUACUGGAUUGACAGAAGGCUGUCCCACAUUGCGAGGAGUGGGCUCAAUGGUGUGCACAUAGAGGUGAUUGUCCGUGAAGGUGUCAACAAGCCGAGAGGAAUUGCUGUCCAUCCAUUGGUGAAGAAGCUAUUCUGGACAGCUUGUGGAAAUGAACCUAGGAUAGAAAGUUCUACCCUGGAAGGUGAUGAGCGAUUGGUUAUUAUCAGCGAUAAUCUUGUUUGCCCCAGUGGAAUAACCAUAGACUAUCUAUCUGAGAAGCUGUACUGGUGUGAUGCCAAACGCUCUGUUAUUGAGAUGUCAGAUCUACGUGGAUCCAACCGGCAGAUUCUUGAACAGAAUGAAGUAGGACACCCAUUUGACGUAGUGGUAUUUGAAGAUCAUGUGUGGUUUACAGACUGGAGUAAGCCUUCUAUAAUGAGAAUGGACAAGUGGACUCGUCACAACAGAGUGAGACUCCAAGGUGGAAUGAGGCGACCUUUGUCUAUUUCUGUAGUUCAUCCAAUGGCCCGACCAGGUGCUGAUCCUUGCCUGUAUAAGAACGGUGGAUGUAGUCAGGUCUGUGAGAACAGAUUGGGAGUUGCCCAGUGCUUUUGCCAUGAUGGUUUCCAGAAAGCAGCAGAUGGAAAAUCAUGUCAGUUUGCAAAUCUUUCAACAACUAUACACCCCAGAAUUACAUCUUCUGCCAAGGUGAAUUUGUUCUCAAGCCCUGUGUUAGAAGAUGAGAAUCUGUCCCAGUCUGAAGACUACUCCUCUGCUGCCCAUUCCAGUAAAGAUAAGGUUACUCCUGAACUCCAGCCAAGACCCUCACUUGUUGCAGAGAUAAUGAUAUCAGAUCAAGAUGACUGUGGAGUCUUGGAAUGUGAUCCCAAUGCUCAGUGUAUAGUAUCAAAAGGAAUUGCGAGAUGCCAGUGUUCGGAAGGAUUUACUGGGCAAGGCAACAUCUGCAAAGAUGUUGAAGAAUGCGUAACUGCCAUUGCACUGUGCAUUGAACACACAGCAGACUAACUUAACCAGGGCAGCUAUGUUUGUAGAUGCCAUCCUGAUUAUUGUAGUGAUGGGCUCUUCUGUUAUGAUAUUGAUGAAUGCAAAACUGGGGUGCACAGUUGUGAUGAAAAUGCUUUCUGCACGAACACAGAUGGAAAUUACACCUGUACGUGUUACAAAGGGUUUAUAGGAACAGGAUAUCAUUGUUUGCGUACAAUCAGAUCUGCUGCGCCCGCUGAAAGUUUGAUGGAAGCAACUGCCAGGAGCGUUAUAUCUGAGAUACCGACACACAAGCCGGAGAAUCACAUGGUGAACUGCCCACAUUCACAUGAAGACUUCUGUCUGAAUGGAGGAAUUUGCUCCCUUAUCACCGAGAUAAUAUCAGUUUCCUGCAACUGCCCUAAAGGUUACGUGGGGGAGCGGUGCGAGUACAGCGACUUACAAUGGUGGGAACUGCGCCAAUUUGAGGAAGAAAAGAAGCGUAAUGUGGUUAUAGCCGCGUGCAUGAUGUUGUUAAUCUGCUUGCUGUCAGUGGGAGCUUGUGUUUCGUACCGCAUCGGAUUCCAGAAACAUUUCAAGAAGAGCCGUUAUCAGGAAGAAAUGAGUCAAACAAGCAGCAGUAGCAUUGACAAUGUAACCGAAACUUCAACAAUCAAUGAACAGCAGUCUUUCACAGGAGUGGAAUCUGAUUGGAAGCUCGGAGACGCAAGUAUUGUCCACAUUAUCAGAGUUGAAGCUCAUGACCACACUGCAGAAUCAGUACAAUGUGGAAUGCUUGCGGUGUGCCAUGAUGAAGCUGGUUGUCAUUUAAAGAAGAUGAAAGGUCAAUGUCUUCACCAACAAUUGCCAUACAAUCACAUGAAAAAGUCAGCAACGUAUCCUAGGCACACCUGUACUGGAUCUCCGUUGUCACAAGAAGCCAGCCUUAUUAUCUCGGCAACCACUUCACAGAACCAUGAACCAAGGACAUUCACUUAAGCAGAAUCCAUUAGGAUGGACAGUCUUCAUGAAGACAAUGAAUACAAUUGCUGAUUAUAUUCAUUUAUGUAAAUUAAAUCCUUGGAACAUCACCUUUGGGAGCCAUCCUGUUGCAGAUAUUUUCCUUUAUUUGCUUCCUAGCUGGUCAGUUUAUAAACUAGCCUUAUCAUCAGUUUUGCAAUUUUUAAGGUCAAGUGCGUUUAUUCCAGCACAUUGCCAGUGUUGUUGCCAAUAAUGCUCACUGCUCUCCUAAUGAAUAUUCAUGAUUAGUAAUUCAAUUGUUUCUGGGACAGAGUGGGUGAAAAGCAUAAGCAGAACAAGGAGAUUGUUUUCGGUGUUGAAGAACAAUGGGACCGGAGUCAAACGCAAAUACUGGUGGACACAUUCACCAGGUCAGAAUCAGAAUCAGAAUCAAGUUUAAUAUCACUAGCAUAGGUUAUAUAAUUUGUUGCCUUUGCUGCAACAGUGCAAUGCAAUGCAUAUAAUAGAGAAAAAACCUGUGCAUUGCAGUAAGAAUAUAAAUAUAUAUUACAUUAAAUAGUAAAAUUAAAUAAAAAUAAAAAUGUUUAAAAAAAGUAGUGAGUUAAUGUUCAUGGGUUCAAUUUCCAAAAUUCAGAAAUCAGAUGGCAGCAUUUGUAGAGAAACAGCAAAUUUCAUGUAUCAGGUCAAAAGCCCUUUAUCCGAAUAGGAUGAGAGAAGAACUUCUGGUUGUAAAAGGUACUUGCAAAUACUGCUACCUCAAAGAAAUAUCAUCUGUUGCUAUUCAAAUGGUGUGUAGAGUGAAAUGAUAGCUGGAUAUAUGGAAGUAAAUUUUCACCUAGACUGUCCAUUGUGGAGAUCUUUGCAUUUUCAUUUCAGUAAUUUGAAGGGAAUGGUACCUGGAUGUACUAUAUAAAGACAGAUUCCUUGAGUCUGCUGGUGAAGCCAAAUUAUUUCUCCAGCUGUUAGUGAAAAUACAUUACUAAUUGUGAAAAAUCAGUGAGUGAAAAAUCAGCUGUUAGUGAAAAUACAUUACUAAUUGUGAAAAAUCAGCUGUUAGUGAAAAUACAUUACUAAUUGUGAAAAAUCAGUGAAAAAUCCUUGUCAAAUUCAAAGAUGUGAUCAGCCUGUUUCCAUAGUUCACAGUUUGUACAAUGACUUGUGAUUGUAUUGCUUGGUUAUAAAAAUGCAGUUUGUAGAUGCAGCACAAGCAGCAUAGCGCAUUAGGUCUCGGUUUCACUGCAAGCAGCAUUCUAAUACUGUGUUGUUUAUUGUGCUGAUCUUAACCACCAUCUUUGUCACUUUGCGGUCAAGGAUAGGCGAGCAGGAUGGAAGCUCAAGUCCAGAGGUGCAGUGUGAGACAAAAACAGUCAAUUUUUAAUAUUAAUCUCAUUGUUACAGUUAUAAAUGAAACACCUUGGAGGAGAGUGUGCUUAGGAAUAAGAUGGAUAGACAUCAAAGUUCUUUUCCGACCUGAAUACUCGUAUUUUCUUUCAGUACCACUUGUUAAAAACUAAUGCUACCUGUCAAACGAGUUUAAUGCAUUAUUAUACAUUGAAGAGCUCUUCUCUUGUUUCGACUUCAAACUUGGUCUAUGGUGAAACAGCUGAUGGCAGCCAGUACACAAAUUGCCUGCACCACUUUGGAGAGUGGAGAAUACAAUGAGACAGAUUCCUGACUUUGACCAGGACUUCAGUCCAAAUCUCCAUCCAGGUCCAGUUAAUCCUGUUGCCCUCCCAGAUCCCUGUCACUCUUCCACAUUUUCCUUUUUUUGACUAUUAGAGAUUGUGCCCUUGUUGACAUGAAGUAUAUUGUAGUUUAUUAAUAGUGGUUGCAAGUAAAGGGUAGCUGUCCUGUUCUACACACAUCUAUUGGUAGAUGAGGAUCACAGGGAAAUAGAGCUCUCAUGGUGUCUUGUCAGAAAUGCCAUAUGUACACAAUAGCUUUACAGGAACUUCUAGUUCUUGAAAGAGAUUAUUGUGUGGCAAUAAAAAUAGCCAGUAGAUUUUAGGACUUAUUCCAGAAGCAUUUACUUGUUUUGUCAUUACCAUGAACUAACAAAACUGAUCUUUACUUCUAACCAUAAAGUGUAAUUGGAGCAACUGCAGGUAUAGUUGAUCUGAAAGCGUUUACGUAUGAGAAUAAAGUUGAAUUAGUGAUAAGCUAUGGUGUCUUCUUGGCCUAGUGCUUUGUAUAUUUAUGUUUAAGAAGACAGUUAAGUGGAAAAGAAACACUUCUCUGGCAUUUUAUAGUAUAGUUUUUUAUUUGAUUUCAACAAACACUCUCUUUUAUAUCAAAAUUUGGUUUUAAAAUAUUGCUGCCAAAGAAGAAAAGUUUGAAAAAAGAUCGUCGGCACGGACUAGAAGGGCCGAGAUGGUCUGUUUCCGUGCUGUAAUUGUUAUAUGGUUAUAGUGCACAACAAAUAAAUACAGUGGCUGUUUACUUUUCAUACUUGGAUGUUUUCCAUUGCUGCCUAGACUUUCGAUAGUCAAAAGCAGCCAUUGGAGUAGAGUAAACGGAACAAGUGCUACACCUACCCUUACACUUCCUCCCUCACCACCAUUCAGGGCCCGAGACAUUCCUUCCAGGUGUUUGCUCAUUGGAGUAGAGUGCAUGGUUCUGGAUGCCACACCCUGAGGAAAGACGACACCCAGGGGAGGGUGCAGAGGUGCUUCACUAGAGUGUUGACUGAGUUGGUGUGCUUCAACUGUGUGGAGAGACUGGUUAGGUUAAGUUUCUUUUCUUUGGAGGAGCUUAGACCGAAUGAGGUCUUGAUUGAGGUGUAUAAAAUUAUGAAGGAAAUAGAUAUGAUGGACAGUAAGGAAUAUUUCCCCAGAGGACUUAGAUUUAAAGUUAGAGGUAAAUGAUAGAUUUAAAAGAGAUUUUUGUAAUGUAUGGAUCUAUCUCUUUUAAAGCAAUGACUCCCCUUAGCACUACGUAUGGACUGUUGUCUAUGCAUGCAUCUUGUUCUCUCUGUCUCUGUCUCUCCGCAACAUGAAUAUACCAGUUAAAGCCAUCUCCCACUUGUGUGCUUUUAUUUAAUUUGGUGUGUCUGUGCAACAGGUAUGAAUCACCAUGGCAUAGAAGGUUGCAGGUUAAGUGCUGAAAACUGGGAUGAGUAAAGAAUACUGGCAUGGAGUUGACAGCCAAAGGGCCUGUUUCUCAAUUGUAUGAUGAUGUGACACCACGGCACACAGAAUUUUGUUGUAAAACUCUUCAGUGAGGGCACAUUUAAAUGUUAUGUCACUAAUCCACUAAGUACAGAUUAUAACUUUCUUUCUUUCUUUUAAUACAAUAUUUAUUACCAUG